AUGCCUCCAAGGGGCCAUACUCGCUCGGUGAGCAGACGAAGCACCCCUCUGUCUCCUCCCAAACCCUCACCACAAUCGGGACUGGGUGACGCGCGACGCCAAAACAAAACCCCCAUUCGCUCCAUCAGCCGCGAGGUACUCACCGACGCCCAAAAUGAUCUUCUAAAUAUCGAUCAGGUGCUCGAGACUGUAAAUGAAGAGGAAUCCAUCCAGCACUCUGACUUUUUUGAUCAUCCGUCUUCAGUGUCCGCCAGUUCUGAGUCGGUCUCCAGUCUUCAAAAUGAUCUUAAAGAACUUGAACAUGACGAAAUUGUUGAAUAUCUCCCCAAUUUGCACAGUGAAUCGUUGGCCGUGCUGUCAUCCUUCGACAUCUCCGAGGAAGACCGCCUGAAUAGCACCAUCCUGGAAAUGUCUCGGACCGGCUCGUUACCGCGCAAGCUGCACAUUCGCGCAGAGAAGCUUAAAAACAGUCGGAAGCCUUUUGCAGAAGGCGACUUCAUCAAUCCCGUACUGAUUGUACGCAAACUCGCCGGCAUCGUCGAUCUACAUCACAUUAAUUACGGGAGAUGGCGGCCCGACGCAAUCCUGUAUCUAGCAAACCUUGCUCAACAAAUGGUUAAGGUAUUAAGUGGUUCUUCGGCGGAUCGACUGUCACUCCUGACCUAUUUGUACAACAACUUUCCUAGGGCUUUUGUCGGCGACAGGAAAUUCUCCUUUGCUACCGGGCUUAUCGAAGACACACGCAAUCUGGCUAUAGAGGUGAUGACCCAAUUCUUCAUUUACACUCUUGACCUCGAUGGUAUGGGGCAGUUGGAGAGCCCUGGGAAAUUAGCAGACCAGAUAUUCGACAACGACGACGCCGUCUCACAUGACUUUCGGGACGAAGACUCAUUGGAAGCAGUGGUGUCGCGACUAGAAUUACUAAAGGGGAAUUGCACCAUUCAUACCAAUCUUUCGGAGCUUCUUGAUGAGCUGAAGCAAUUAUACCCAUGGUCUGCCUUUAUCUUACAGACUGCGAAGUGGAGUAAUGCCCGUGUGGCAGAAUUAAAGGAGAUUAUCGCCAAGCAGGGUGGUAUCGAGAAUAUCGUUCGUCUUCUAGACUCAAGAAACUAUGAGGCUGAUGUGAAGGGGAAGCUUCUCGCUGAUACCAGGAAUGACCUUACAGACACACCAAGCGAAGCGCGCCCGAAUAACAACCACCAGUCGUCUCUGAAUGAUCCGCUUAUUCAAGGCCGUAGCAAAAGGGUAUCAGUACCACUUAAUCCACGCAUGAUUUCAGCCGAAAUUCGACAGUUUCGGGAAGAACAGGCCAAGCAUACAUUGGAAUUAUCGGGUCUACGGUUGCAUCCCUCCAAUAAAGCGCCUAUACAUGAGCCACGAGAAAUUCAACAAACUCCAACACCAGUCGAUGAUGACGACUAUCGAGCACUGCAAGACAGUAACGAUGGUCAAAUUGAAUCCAAUCAUCUAAACUUGCCAUCUCCUGUUCGUGAAAGUUUCAACGAUGGCGAUGGCGGUGAUGAUGACGAUGAACUACCCCCGUCCACUCAGCAAACCCUCGAGGUCAUGAAAACGCUCGAAAGACAGGCGAUUGAACGUGAAAAAGAAAACAGGCCUGCCGUAACGAAAAGGUCGUUCCUUGAUCGACAACCAGACGCAAGGAAGAUAAAGUGGCAGGGUCCAGCUGUUGGUGAUCGAGAACCCAGGUCAAGACAACCUUCUAAGCCUUUCCUACCGGAGAUUGAUGACGAGGAAGAGGAAGAGGAAAAUUUCGAACAGGACCAAAGGCCAACAAAGAUCUCUCGUACUGCAACAGGGAAGCAACUCGCACCACGGAUUCAUGAUGUCGACUCCAUCCUCGACGCAGGCUUCGGCGACGACGGAGACAACAUAACCCCUUCCUCGCAACCAGUCUGUGGAUCCCGUCAAACACCAGCAGCAACGAACUUGAGCAAUCGGCCCCCACGAUCGACUGCGCCGACGCUCUCUCAGGUCCAACCACCCCCACGCGCACGAAUGGCAGAGUUUCAAGCAGAAGCCAGAGCUAUGACCGCGGAGUCGAAAGACUACUACGGCCCUCGUACUGUUCAAGUACGGAUCCCCUGGAAUGACCUGGAAUCCGACAGACUGAUAGAGAUGGUGGCGCGUCAGGGCACAAAAUGGGCACGCAUUCUGCACGAAGACGCAAUUCAUGAAGACGGACCCUUGCUGCAGAAUCGAUCUCAGGUAGCACUGAAGGACAAAGCGCGCAACAUCAAAAUCCUCUACCUGAAGACUAGGAGACGACUCCCCCCCGGCUUUGAGUCAGUUAGUAUCGGCCAGCGCCAGAUAAAUGAGCUGAAGGAUCUUGGGAUCGACUACAUCGAGGGCAGGUUUGAGGGGCAGAACCUC